CCUUCUUAUGCGAUGACGUUUACUGAAGCGGAUGUUCCGCUGCGAGCUCCACCGCUACUCAGUCUCUCCGCAAAAGCGGUUGCUGAGCAUGCACCAGUUCUGCUGACUGCAAAAUAUGCAGAAUGUCCCAUAAACGAUAGUCUUGCUGGUCCAUCAUCAUCACCAAUUCAUCUCCCUCUUCCAGCGAGUAUCGCAAUAUUUGAGGCUCUUAGGGACCAGUGGAUAAAAUCGGGGGUAACACCGACUGAAGCUUUGGAGCAAUUUACCGAUGGUGAACGUCUACCUUUGGAAGAUCUCCCUUUAACACGAGCUCAUCUUUCUGACCGCUUACUGGCCAAUCUGGUUGCUGCACAUCAAACACGUUUAAAAUCCCUAGACAUUUCUGAAACACAAGGGAUCGUUGGCCAUGAAUUUAAUAGGGUUUUGGAAGAAAGAGGAGUCCAGCUAGAUCGUUUGAAUUCACUUGCUAUGACGUCUUUCGAAAUUCUUCGCGCACCGAUGAUUGCUGUGCCACCGCGAAGAGCUACUGUUAAUUGUAGAACGGCGUGUACUUGUGGGACUCUUCCAAUGCUUUGUGAAGAUGAUCUUGUAGGCUCGAAUAUUAAUAUUGAUCAUUAUGUGGAUGUUACAGAAAUUGACGCGAUCCUUAAUCAUUGCCGCGUUUCUUGUAGACCUUGUGAUUUCCAAGAGGACACUACGCCUAGUCCAACGAUGGAGCUUCCUACCUUUACAUCGCGGUGUCCCAACAUUCGGUCACUGUCUCUUCAUAGAAAACGUAAGCAUAGUGAGGAUGAUGAAAGUAUGAAUGACUUUCUUGGCCGUGUGUUGCAUCCUUUGAAACGGGUUGAAUUGCUGGAUCUUUCGUACUGGAGUCGCGUAGAAGAUCUUAAUUGUUUGCAGACGCUAACGCUUACUACAUUAAUUUUAUAUGACGUUCCUGAAUUGCAUAAAGCAUUGGAUGUGAUUGUGCAAAUCAAGUCGCUCGAGUUCUUAGACUUGUCUCAGAGCCAAAGAGAGAACGCUGUGUAUCCGCGGCCGGUUACAGCGCUGAAUGAAAUUGUAACUAACUUGCGUUUUUUGACCCAUCUUGAUAUUUCUUCAACAAAUCUUGCGUCUCAGCCUUCCGUGAAUGAUCGGCCGUUUAAAGGUAUGGGUAAAAUCAGCUCAGACAUUUUUGGACUUAGAAUGUUAGAAAAGCCUUUGGAAUAUCUUGGUUUGUUCAACUGUGACAGUGCGUCGCAUUUUGCUGAGAUUCCUGCGAAGAAUAUUGCUGGUGAUAAGGAUGAAAAUCAAAUACUUCUUGCUUUAAAAAUGUACAGCGAUCGGGCCGGUCUACUUCAGGCAGUUUUGAAUGAAAGUUACCAGCUAUACCGUUUUGGGCAUAAUUUGAAUCGGCAUAAUGAGGCUCUACAUUUGGUACUACAAGCAAUGCAAAAACACUUGGAAGACAGUACCUUACAAAUAGCAGGAUCUGCGUCGUUGUUUUAUAUUAUUCGGAAAGUUAAUAUGAACAGGGACACUAAGCGGGACGUAGUUACUGCUUUACUGAAUGGUAUGGAGGCACAUAUGGAGGAGCAGGUUAUGGUUCGGAAUUGCUGUUUAUCGUUGUGUCAGUUUGAAAUUCCACUAGAGAUUCUCUUUGACUAUAGUCGUGUUGCUCUGCUUUUGGUCAAAGUUCUUAAGCAUCAUAAUAACGACCAUCUGACACAACGUAUAGUGGUUUUCCUGCUGAAUUCGAUGGCUUGUCACGUCGAAGGAGAACAGAAAGUGCAAGUUGGAGAGAUUGGAGCUAUUGAAGUUAUAUUGGAACAGAUCCAGCGUAAGAAUGCCAGCGGACAGUGUGAUGACGUUAUGGAAGUUGGAUGGAGUUUUUUAUGGAAUAUUACUGAUGAGACACCUGUUAACUGCAAGCGCUUCCUGGACGCUCAAGGUUUGCUUCUGUUCCACAAGUGUUAUGAACAAUUUCAAACGGAGACUGAGCUAGUACGCAAUAUGAUGGGUCUUAUUGGAAAUAUUGCGGAAGUAAAGGAGCUUAGAAGUCGGUUGAUGAAUGAUGAUUAUGUCGAGAUUUUCUGUGACCUUUUGAUGACUUUAACUGAUGGUAUUGAAAUAAGUUAUAAUAGUGCAGGCGUCCUGGCCCAUAUGGUUAGUGAUGGAGAUGAAGCUUGGGUCAAGUUGAAUGCUUCGCGUCAGGAAGUCAUGACGAAAAUUAUUAAGGCAACUGAAACGUGGGAUCUGACGGCUCGACGGUUCAUCAAUUACCGGUCAUUUAAACCGAUAUUGCGUCUAAUACCUAUGUUUGAUGCACCAGCUAGUCAACAUUGGGCUAUUUGGGCGUUAGCAAACCUGACUUCUACGGACAAAGAGAAAUACUGCGCUUAUGUUUGUAAUGAGGGUGGAGUGCCACUUUUGGAAGUUGUGGAGAAGGACCCUCGUUCUUCUGACAGCAUGAGGAAACUAGCGUCAAUCGUUCUUGAGAAUAUUCGAAGAUGGUGA